AUGGCGACUGUCGGGAAUGCGGCCCGGCAGAUACGAGAUCGGGCUCUUCGCGAGAGAUCGAUCCGCGUGCUCGUAUCGCCAACGCCAAUCUCCUUCGCCGAGCGUCGCUCAGUUCUGCAGGUGCUGGAGCAAUAUGGCCCUGUCGAGUUCUUCAAGAUGACUCCCGGCUACUACGCCAACUUUGUCUCUAUAACGAGAGAGCCCUCGACCGCCGAAAGGUUGAUAGCCAGCAGCCCUCUAACAUACAAGAUCACGGAGCCUGUUCGCAGCGCGGUGGAAGACAUUUACGUUGCGGAUCUAAACGAACCAGAGGGCUUUAGCACCAUGCAGCCGACAAUCACUGGGCAACGGACGAGCGGCGCGAACUCAUGGUCUGACGGCGCGGAACAGGGACAGGAACAGGGACGAGAAGCGGAACUAGAGCAGGGGGAGAGGGAGUUCAAGCUGGAAAUCUUCCCUGCGCCCGAGUACAAUCAUAGAUUUGCCAUGGCCGGUUCGCCGCUGCACGGCUUCUGGCACGAUGACUACCAACAGGACCAAUCCUUCAUUGCGACGACGCUAAGGCAAUCGCUGCCCAAGAGCAUCGCUAGCGAGGGGCUUGUGCACUGGAUGGUGAGCGGCAUGAAAAUGCGAGAAGGGCGGCGGACGAAGAGGCUGCAGAUCAAGGAAUGGCUUCCCAGCCACAUGAAGAAGGGCUCGACUGAGUAA